UCCACGGGUGCUGUGCGCCCCGCCGCUGGCAGAGGCCUCGUGUAGGCCAGAACUCCUCAGGGAAUCGGGAGGCUCCCGGCUGGCCGCGGUGGGAAGCGGGGCGGCAGCUUCAUCGUCCGUGGAGGCACGUGGUGAUUGGUGUGAAGAGGCGUUUGCGGGGGAUGAGCCCGGGGUGCACGAGGUACUAGUGGACAUCGCAAGUGGGAAUGCGGAUGACAUUUCAAGGCCUGCAUCUGGCUCAAAACACAAUUGUAGAUCUUUAAAUACAUCUAUGGAGUUACUAACACCAGAGCCACAUUUGCAAAAGGUUGAUUUGCUUCUCAGUGUGGCUGAUGGUUAUCAGAGAGGCAGUCUAGAAGAUUGCUGUCCAGCAGAAAACAAAAGAGAGAAAUCUGAUGUCGAGGAAGUAAGAACAGAUCAGCAAACCACAAUGGAGAGUAUGACCUUCUCUCUUCAGAAAUGUAUACAGAAUCCCAGCGAGUUGUCAGGAUGUAGCUCUAAUUCAGAUUGUGGAGACAAUGAAACACAGACUCUGAAAUUCUGUGAACCUUCCCAAGGAAAACCAAGUAAUGCAAAAUCAGCAAACUUGAAGUGUUCUGAAGACACAGAUGUAGAUCCUCAGAUUCAAGCAGCUAUAAAGAAAAUGAAUAAACUUGACACAAUACUUGAAAAACAACAUCUUAAGGAGAAAGGAAUUAAAAAACAAGGCAAAGAAAUGAGGGCAGUGCUCUGGGAAGAACUUCAGUCUAUCAGAACCACAGGAGGCCAUGAGGAGAUAGAAAAUACAAACAUUUUUUUAGCUUUGUUCUCAUCAUGGCAGGAUACAGCUGAUCCCUCCCAUACUAAAGAAAAUGAAAUAUGUACUUCAGUAAUUCACACACAAGUGAAUCCAGAAGAUUGUGAUUGUCAUAAAGCCCAAAAAAGCAAGGAUUAUCCAAGUGAAUUAGAAACAGAAUUAGAAAAAACAGUGGAGAAAACACAUAGCAAAAAUAAAAGCAACCAGGAUUUCAUUAAAAAGAACAUUGAGCUAGCAAAGGAUUCAGGAAACCAGUUUGUUAUGCUUGAAGGAGAAAGGAAAAGGCUAACUGAACUGUUGAAAGAUACAGAAGAUGGAAUUGAAUUGCAAGGUCUUGAGGAGGAUGUAUCUGUCUGGCUAGCCCCAGGAGAAGGGUACACACCUGAACCGACAGAAUUUCAUCUCCUAAAUGAAAUAGACAUUAAGCUUCAAGCACUACUAUCUGAUGGGGAUUUUUCUGCAAUUUCCAGCUCUUACUCAAAAGCUCCAAGCCAGAUUUAUCAGGAGUCUCUGGUUUAUGCCAACAGAAGCCUAGAAACAGUUCCAGGUGAAAAGGUUCUCCGGGACAAUAAGGAAAAACGUGAUCAACAGAAUCGUCUGAAAGAAAUAGAUCACCAACUGGAAUCCCUAGAGAGAAAUCUUACUGAAGAACAAAUGAGCCUCUCUGAAGAGCAGCUUAAGACCCUUCUGGAAGAAUGUAUGCAGCCUCAGAGAACAAUAAGUAACGUUACCAUGCCAAAGUCUCAGGAAUCUCUUUCUUUUGGAUUAAGUCCCCCUUGUUACACAAGUCAAGACUCCACUCUUCACUCCACAUCUACUCUUUCCAAAAUGUUAGUUGAAGACCAUAUUGUAGGGAUGUUAAUGGCUCAGGAAAAGGCUGGACUCGAAGACAAAAGCUUAUGUGCAGAGAGUGAAAUCCCUGGCUACUAUAUCAGCAAAGCAUUGGCUGGUAGUCACUUAUCAAAGGAUUCACUGGCCCAAACAGAGGAACCUGAUGACCUAGAAGGUUUACAGAAGAUGGAAGAUAAGAGUAUUACUGAAGGUUACUUUAUGUCAAGAGCACUCAACACAAAAAGAUUGAAGAAACCUUCUUUCCUGGGUGAACCAUUAUAUUGCAUCAGCAUGAACAAUGAGCCAUGCACAGAGGCUGACAUUCUCAGCAUACCACUGCAAACCAAAGGAGGUGAUAUGAACAUUGAAAUUUGAGGGGAGAGUGACUGUAUGCUUCUUUGCCCAACUGUUUUUCUGCGAGUGUGGUGUGGUUAAACCUCCAUCAGUGAUAUUAUUCUGAUUCAGUAUAAUUUCAAGCAACCUGAAGGGUAUGAAUUAUCAUCAUUGAAAAUGUUCCAUGAGUUGACUUAUUCUUAAGAGAUAAUUAUUAUUGUCAUUAUUAUAUAGUGUUGCAGUUUGAUUUCAAAAUAAACUCUUGCAUUUCAUUAAAUUAAAUACCUAAGAAAUAAAUGUAUGCACACAUUUGUGUAGCUGUGUGUCUGAUAGAUAUGCAUGUCUUUGUUUGUGAAAAAUGUAAAAUAAAACUUGGAAAGUUCAGUCUCUACUGACAGGGCUUUAUUGGAGCAGAUGUGAAAUGUAUGUAAUAAUUUUAUUUUUCUUCACACACACAGUCUAGAUUUUUCAUACAUUUAGCUAAAACCUGGCCUCUCGUUACCCCACUGCAGUUUGCUGGAGCUUGAAGCCUGUCUGAACCAGAGCCCUGAUGUGAAGGAUCCAGCUAUGUACUUGUUUUUUUGCCCUGGGGCUGUCUGUUGGCUGGACAGCUGGUUUGGUUGAAGGUUCGACUUGCACAAGUCCUCUGCUGAGUUAGAACAUCAGCACUUGUCUGCUCAGGUCUGCCUGAAUCUUGCCUGCAUAGAGUGUGACCACACAGCAAACGGUGGUAUCCUCUAGUUAAGAAAUGUAACUAAAUGAGGAGAAAUCACAGUCCCUGGCUUGGUGUGAGUGAAAGGCUUGGUGUGAGUGAAAGUGAAGGAGUUCAGAAGUUACUUGAUUGUGAAAUGUUAUAGUAAUGGCUACCUGAGGAGAGGGUAACACAGCUGGCUUGUGUUUGGGACAAUAGUAACAAUUCAUUACAGGUGUUUGAUUGUCUAGUCUUUAACUACUGUUUUUCCUGAUUUUCUCCUUAUUUACUCAGCUGAUGGUCAGUUUUUAAUUUCAUGCACUGCAGUGUCAGAAAAAAGAAGACAUUAUUAAAAAAUGUGGUUCUUCUUAAAAAGUUCUUUUGUUAAGGCGGAGAGAUAUUCUAGCAAAAAGGAUUCAAUAGAUUUUUCCCAUUGACAAACUAUCCUGUGAUUUGACCUAAAAGGACAAAUCUAGCCAUUUAACAGUCACCAAGAAAAGAUGUAUAGAUACAACUCUACAACGGCUGUUACCACAUAGGGCUUACUUGAUCUAAUCUGAAUGUUUAAAUUAAUGCACAUAUUGGCCCAGAUUUUAAUCUAAUUUACAGAGUUGCCAUUAGGAGUGGAUUCACUCCUGGGGAAGUGGUAAUUGUGUGGAUAUAACAGAGAUCAGAAUCUAACCUACUUGCUUUUCUUUAAAAUCAGGAUGGGACAUUAUGUUUGUCACAGGCAAGUGCUAUUUCUUCCUUUAUUUUCUGAUAUUUUUACUUACUCUGCAACAGCAAUAACAAACCUGUGGAUACUGGGUGUUCUGCAUAGAAUUCCUGUAAGCACGUUUCAUGGAGCUUUGUAAAUCUCACCUAGAUGUAUUUCUCAUCUUCCUUAAAGAUAUUAAGCCUGUGUCAUAA